UAAUUAAGGAAGGUCUCUGUCAUUAGUCACUUACAUACAUCUGUGAGACUACAAACUGGAAUGUCAGUUUUCUUCUUUUAAAGAGUAGUGCAAAUAAAUGCAUGCAUUUACUUACAUCCUAAUAAUAAGUGUUCAAAGCCAUUUUUUUUUGUUUUUAAGCAGAUUGUUACGCACCCAAUUAAUUUUUAGGAGUUUUUUUUCCCUCUACACCUGAAAGCUCAAAAAUUUGUGUGUGGUGGUGGCAAUGGCUGGUGGUGGGGGUGAAAGUACAUCAAGACAGCUUGAUCAGACACCUACUUGGGCUGUGGCUGGUGUUUGUGCAGUCAUUAUUCUCAUUUCUAUUGCCUUGGAGAAGAUUAUACAUAAACUUGGCACUUGGCUCACAGACAGGCAUAAGAAAGCUCUAUUUGAGGCUCUGGAAAAGGUUAAGGCUGAGUUGAUGGUUCUUGGUUUUAUCUCAUUAACCCUUGUAUUCAGCCAGUAUUAUAUUGCUGGAAUCUGUAUCCCCACAAGUGUUGCCAACACUCUGCUGCCUUGCCCUGCUGUUAACAAAGAUGAUAAAAUGGAGGAACAUCGUCGGAGGCUUUUAUGGCAUGAGCGCAGGAUUUUGGCUGGUGCAGAGCCUAAAUGCGAUGAUGGACGUGUCUCUCUCAUUUCUAUUGACGCACUGCAUCAAAUACACAUCCUUAUAUUCUUUUUGGCGGUCCUUCAUGUGGUAUACAGUGCUAUCACUAUGUGGCUGGGAAAACUUAAGAUUCGUGGCUGGAAAUGCUGGGAACAAGAGACCUCUAGCCAUAACUAUGAGUUUUCAAAUGAUCCUUCAAGAUUUAGGCUUACUCAUGAGACAUCAUUUGUCAAAGCACAUACUAGUUUCUGGACCAGCAUUCCAAUCUUCUUUUACAUUGGAUGUUUCUUCAGACAAUUUUUCAGGUCCGUGAAUAAGUCAGAUUACUUGACCCUCCGCAAUGGUUUUAUCAGUGUUCAUUUGGCUCCUGGAAGUAAAUUUAACUUCCAAAAGUAUAUCAAAAGGUCAUUAGAGGAUGACUUCAAGGUAGUUGUUGGUGUCAGUCCAGUUUUAUGGGGAUCGUUUGUCGUUUUCUUGCUCCUAAAUGUUAGUGGGUGGCAUGCAUUGUUCUGGGCAUCCUUAAUUCCUUUGAUUAUCAUUUUAGCUGUUGGAACAAAGCUUCAGGCUGUGUUGACAAGAAUGGCUCUCGACAUAUCGGAGAGACAUGCAGUAAUCCAAGGAAUCCCUCUUGUACAAGGCUCAGACAAAUAUUUUUGGUUUGGACGACCUCAGUUGGUUCUUCACCUCAUCCAUUUUGCCUUAUUUCAGAAUGCGUUCCAAAUAACAUAUUUCUUAUGGAUAUGGUAUGAGUAUGGGAUUAAAUCUUGCUUCCAUGAUAAGUUUGGUUUCGUCAUUGUGAAAAUUGCUUUGGGGGUGGGAGUUUUAUUCUUAUGCAGCUAUAUCACUCUUCCACUCUAUGCCCUUAUUACUCAGAUGGGAUCCAAUAUGAAGAAAUCCAUUUUUGAUGAACAAACCUCAAAGGCAUUAAAGAAGUGGCAUAUGGCCGUGAAGAAGAAGCAGGUAACUAAGGGAGACAAAUCCACACGGACACUAGGCAAUGGAAGUCCGAGGUCCUCUGUGGGCUCACCUCUACACUCGACUGGUCCUACACUUCAUCGGUUUAAAACAACGGGUCACUCAACACGUUUCAGUGGCUACGAUGAUCUAGAAGCAUCUGACCUCGAGAGUGAUAUAACUACACCGAUAAUCCGUGCAGAGGAACACUCAACUACACAUGUUACUAACGAUGAUAGUGAACUUCAAGUGCAUGUUCCUCAAAAUGUAGAAUCCUCCGGGAAUGAAGACGACUUUUCGUUUGCAAAGCCUGCUCCUAAAAGGUGAAAAGGAAGCAGGUAACAAAUGCUUAUGGUAUUUGAAUAGUGGUUUACUUCUUCUCUUUUUGUGCUUAUAGAGGAAUGUCGUACAAAGUAUAGUUAGCAAUUCAUAGGGAAACAUAUUUAUGAUUUUAUUGUAUCAACUUCUAUUGUUUGCCUUAUUACGACCUACAGUUUUGUUCCAU